AGAGGAGACACAGUGAAAAGGACAGACAGAGAAGUCAUACAGACAGACAGAGGAACCAACGAACACACGUCAGCCUUAUUGGAUUUGUUGCAUAUCAGACAGGAACGGAGACUGAGAAACAGACAGAAAGAGAGAGAGUUUGCAUAUUGCAUGUUCAAGGCCUGUUGAUCUUUGUCACCUUUCUCUAUUCUAAUUCCUUGCCAGGAGAAAUUGCUUCAUCAUGUUGCAUGUUUUGCUUCUGCUCCUACUGGAGCUCUCCUCCUCUGUCUCUGGGCUCACUGUUCCACGGGGCUCGUCCUUCACCCUGUCCUGUGUCAGUGAAGAUGGCCCUGUAGUGUCUAAUGCUGAGUAUUACUGGAGCUUCAAACCUAAACUUAGUUCAGACUCCCCGCACACGGAUCUCACCCAGAACGAGACAGGUUCAACUCUGACUCUCACUAAGGUGGGUUCGGAGCAUGAGGGAGUGUAUAUGUGUGUGACCAAAGGAGAACAUGGAGAGGAUUAUGUCAAGAUGAGGACAACGUAUAAACUCGAACUAGAAGACCCCAUUUUCAUAUCAUGGAUCCGCAUUGAGGCGCAAGAAGCGGCCAAUGUGAUGCUUCCAUGCAUGUCCAGUCCGUCAUACCGCCCGCCAGCUGCUGCUUUUUGGAACAGGGGGAUGUUUGAACACAUGCAAAAGUUACAGCCUAAGGAGUUUACAGUAGAAGGGUCUCAUGUGACUUGGGCAUUUUCUGAACCCAGGGAUCGAGACUGGAGUAUCAUGAUAGCAAAUGUCACAGAAGAUGACUCGGGCAUGUACGAAUGUGAGAUUCGGUGGGAUUCGUACAAGUCUACUUUUCUUCUGGAACUCAAAGUGAUCCCUGCUCCACCUCCACGGUGUCUGAAUCACAAGUCACCUUGGGAACCAUGUACUACGGAAAGCCGGUCAAGCAAAGCUAUUCUACAAGAAUCUCUUACAGAAUUCUCCCUCCGUGUCUACUCUCAUCUGAGAUCCAGAAAACAAACUGGAAAUCUGCUCUUCUCACCAAUCAGCAUUGCUGGGGCACUCUCACACCUGCUGUUGGGUGCCCGUGGUAAGACCAGAGCAGAUCUAGAGGAUGCUCUCUCUCUCCCUGCACCCUCUUCCUGUGUACACAGCCAGAUGAAGACACUGAGAGAGGAAAUUAGGAAAUCACUGACCACGGCCUCUCACAUCUAUUAUAGCAGCGAGCACAGACUGGGGGAAGCUUUCAUAAACCAGUCACAGGAGUUCUACAGUGCAGCGCCAGAGAAACUGACCAAUGAUAGUGAGAAGAAUGUGAAAAUGAUUAAUGAUUGGGUGGCUGAGAAGACAAAUUCUAAGAUCACUCACCUUGUGGACUCUGUCGCCCCUGAUACCCAGCUGCUCUUGCUAAAUGCAGUUUAUUUCAAUGGAAAGUGGAAGAUGAAGUUUGACUCAAAAGUCAAACAGGGCCAAUUUCACACACUAUCAGGUGACAUGAUCGUUGUGCCUGUACUCUACAGCUCGAAGUACAAAGUAUCCAUUGGCUAUGAUCCUAAGCUGAAGGCCCAGGUGGCGAUGCUUCCCCUUACUGACAAAAACAGCCUGUUCAUCCUUGUUCCCAGCAUCAACUCAGAGAAGGAGCUGGUUGCAAUGGAGCAGAAUAUGAAUUUUGACAGUGUAAAAUCCAUGGUGAAGUCAAUGCAUGAAAUCUCACCCCAAUCGGCUGAGGUCACACUGCCUAAAAUCAAACUAGACCAGAGAACAGACAUCGCAGAUCUGCUGGAAAAAAUGGGUUUAUCUGAACUCUUUUAUUCCCCUAACCUAUGCGCCCUGUUCCCGGACGACUCAGCUGCACCCCUCAUUCUCUCCGACGCUCAACAUCGUGCCUCGCUCACGCUGUCAGAGACGGGGGUGGAGGCUGCAGCAGCCACCUCCAUCUCCUUCUCUCGCUCCUAUUCCUCCUUCUCGGCCAUGCAGCCUUUUGUCCUGCUGCUGUGGAGCGACAGAGCAGACUGUCCUCUCUUCAUGGGGAGAGUGACCGACCCCCGUUAAAGAGAGCAGGGCUGAGAGCCAAAUCUGACUCAAAGGCUGAUAAAAGUGCAGAGGCUGAGAAUGUAAUAAACAAUGACAUUUCACAUUAAAUAAAACCGUUCGUCCCAAUACAA